CAUUAAGCACCCAAAUUCUGAAAUUUGACAAUGAGCAGUAGAAACGAGUUGGCAUUAUUCACGUGUUUGUUUGGUGAGUGGUUUAGCUUCUUCUAAUUGUUGUUUGUCUAUAAAACUAGAUUCACUUCAAUUUGAAAUUACAUCAGAAAAUAUUCUCCAAGGGAGUUGAGUGGACAACCAUCUCAUCAUGUUUGGGUGCAAGUUCAUUCUAUUCUGUAUGGUGUCCAUUCUAUGCAUCUCUUUCUUUGUUGAAAGUUCUGAUACCAAGAAGUGCAUGGAGACAGAGAGGCAAGCUCUUCUCAGGUUAAAAGGUGGUUUCUCUAAGGGAAGGGAAGUUCUUUCCUCAUGGAUAGGUGAAGAUUUCUGCAAGUGGGAAGGAAUUUCAUGUGACAAUUUAACUUGUCAUGUAACCGGUUUGGCUAUUGAAGGUAAAUUGCAAGGUAAGUUAGAUUCUUCAAUAUGUGAACUCCAACAUCUAACUUCCUUAGAUCUCAGUCAUAAUUACUUAGCAGGAAAGAUCCCAAAGUGCAUUGGCUCACUUGGUCAGUUGAUAGAGUUACAACUUGAAGGUAACCAAUUUGUUGGUGGCAUUCCUCCCUCUUUAGGGAACCUUACCAAUUUGCAAACUCUCAAACUUCAGGGAAAUUAUUAUUUGGUUGCAAAUGAUCUUGAGUGGGUUUCUCACCUUCCUAAUUUGAGAUACCUUGAUCUGUCAAAUGUGAAUCUUAGUCAAGCUGUUGGUUGGCUAUCAUCAAUAAGCAAAACUCCUUCUCUGUCACAACUUCGUUUAAUUGACUGCAACCUCCCUCAAGUCAAUAUUGAACCCACACUCCAUCUGAAUUCUUCCACUUCUCUCAAGGAGCUAUAUCUUCCAGAUAAUAACUUAACCUCUUUGACUGUGUCAGCGGUGGUGCUUAAUGUUGGCAAAUUCCUCACAGUUCUUUAUCUCACAUCUAAUAAACUUGAGGGUAGCUUACCAGAAUCCUUUCAGACUUUGUGUCAACUUAAAAAGUUACACCUGAGUUCCAACAAAUUGUCUGGCAAACUCAGUGACAGCAUGCAACAAUUACGUUGUUCACAAAAUAAUAUAGAGCUUUUAGAUCUCAGCAAUAACCCAUUUAGUAGUGGGCCACUCCCUAAUUUUUCAGGUUAUUCAUCAAUUUCGGUAUUGUUACUUCAGAAUACCAAUAUUGUUGGGUCAUUAUCUCUGGUUACUAAACUUUGGUCGUUAUCAGCAUUGGAUCUCUCAGGGAAUCAGUUGAACGGAUCACUUCCACAUGGUAUUGGCCAACUCUCUGGUCUUAAUUAUUUGAUUCUCUAUUCAAAUAAGUUGAGUGGUGUCAUCAAUGAAACACAUCUAUCAAGUAUGUCUGGAUUGAGAGAACUAGUGGUGCAUCAAAAUUCACUUUCAUUUAAUUUCAGCUUAAAUUGGGUUCCACCAUUCCAACUAGAUGUAUUCUAUGCAUCAUCUUGUAUUUUGGGUCCUAAGUUUCCAACAUGGCUCAAACAUCAAAGUGAACUUGUAUACCUAGACAUCUCUAAUACUAGUAUUUCAGAUUCAAUUCCUGAUUGGUUUUGGGACCUGUUUUAUAGCGGAGACUCUGUGAAUGUUUCGCAUAACCAACUUAGUGGACUUUUACCGCGAAGUUUGACAAGAACAAAGGUAUGGCAGACACUUGAUUUUAGUUUCAACAACUUAUCUGGUCCACUACCUCCUUUUCCAAGAUUACAAGGUCUAUUUCUCUCAAAUAAUAGGUUUUCUGGGUCUUUAUCUUCUUUCUGUGCAUCCCCACCACAAGAGUUAAGUUAUCUGGAUCUAUCUAGUAACUUACUAGCAGGCCCAUUUUUGGAUUGUUUGGGGAAUUUCACAAAUUUAGUAUUUCUAAAUUUGGCAAAAAAUAAAUUAACAGGGAGGAUACCCGAGUCACUUGGCACUCUGCAACAUAUAGUGUCAAUACAUUUAAAUAACAACAACUUCUCAGGUGAAAUUCCAUCUUUGGCCCUUUGUACUAGCCUGACUGUCUUGGAUUUAGGGAAUAACAAUCUCCAAGGAAGAUUACUAACAUGGGUAGGCCAUCACCUGCCUCGGUUGAUUGUUUUGAGUCUACGGAAAAAUAAGUUCCAUGGAAAAAUACCUGAAACUUUGUGUAAUCUAUCAUUUCUUCAAGUUUUAGAUCUUUCUUUGAACAAUAUUACAGGAGAAAUACCGCAGUGCCUCAAUCACAUGAUUUCUUUGUCAAAUAUUCAAUUUCAAAGAAUUCCCAUUUCAUAUGGACCAUAUGCUAUUUCCAGUGGUUUUAUUGAAAUUGGCUCAUUUGAUGAGAAAGCAAUAUUGUCAUGGAAAGGACAAAAUUGGGAAUAUGGAAAAAAUCUUGGACUCAUGACUAUCAUUGAUCUUUCUUGCAACCACUUGACUGGUGAAAUACCACAAAGUAUAACAAAACUUGUGGCAUUAGCUGGAUUAAAUCUUUCAAGGAAUGAUCUCAGGGGAUUCAUUCCAAACAGUAUUGGUCAAAUGGAAAGGUUAGAAUCACUUGACUUGUCAGGAAACCAUCUUUACGGUAGAAUGCCUGCAAGCUUUUCAAAUUUGAGUUUUCUGAGCUACAUGAACUUGUCAUUCAAUAAAUUAUCAGGGGAAAUUCCAAUAGGCACUCAACUGCAAUCUUUUAAUGCCUCUUCAUAUAUUGGAAACGAUGGACUUUGUGGUCCACCACUCUCAAUCCGUUGCUAUGGGGAUGUGAUGUCACCAACUGGAAGCUCUGACGAAGAUAAACUCAUAACCUUUGGGUUUUACAUCACCCUGGUGCUUGGGUUUUUUGUUGGAUUUUGGGGAGUUUGUGGAACUUUAGUCAUAAAAGCUUCUUGGAGACAUGCCUAUUUCCAAUUCUUCAAUGACAUGAAUGACUGGAUGUACGUGACAAUAAUGGUUUUUGCUAGAAGAAUGAAAAGGAGAUUUCGAGUCCAAGCCUAACAGGUCACGCUUUUAUGUCUUCAUUAAUAUGACGGAGUCAUGGUUCUUUUGUGGGUGGUUUUCUGCUAUAUGUUGUUUUCUCUAGAGCAUUAUCUUAAACUUUCCAUUACCUCUUCUUGUACUCCCUUUCCCAUCACCUCAAAGCUGAGUGUGCAAAUCUGAUUCCAGGAUGAUGUGUUGCUGUUGAGGAUCUUGUGGUAGCCAGGAAAUGGUUCGAGUACUAUGAGGAGGUUUCAUGGUUUUGGGUGGCUACUGUCUGUGGUAUUUGUUGGGUAUUAAGGUUCAUGCCCUCCAAGAGUUGGCUUUGUGUAGUUCAAUAAUUUGUUGUCUUUCUCUUGUUAGCUUGUUGUUUUUUGCAGUUAUCAGUGAUAUCUCUGUUCUGAUAAAUGAUUAUCACCUUAUCUUGUAUUUGGGUUCUAGCACCUCUUCACUAGUAUUGAAUGCAUUUUGGAUUUUCUUAUGUUGUAUGUUCACUUUGUUGUAAGAAUAAUAAUACUCACUGAAUUCCAGUUCC